GAAGCCGUGAGAAAUGCUUUGCUUGAGCGGGCGGCAGGGCCUCUUUUAUUUAAGCACUUUGACUUAUUUCCUCAACGUCGGAUUAGACGGGCGUACUGCGGUAUGGGCUCAAAAGCUCAGAAAGCCUGUGACCAAUGUCGAUCUAGGAAGAUCAAAUGUGACAGUAACAAUCUUCAGGAGGGGAUACCAUGUACGAAAUGUGUCAUCGCAGAACUACAGUGUACAUAUACCUACAUGCGAAAGAAACGAAAACCCAAUAUUGCCAAGACUCAGUCCUCUCAGUCCUUCGACCCACAUUCGUUGAUAGAGGAAAUACUUUCUUCCGCCGCUUAUACUCUACCUUCAGAUACUACAAUCGUCCACGACAUCAUCGUCUCCCUCGCGAAUUAUGCCCGAUCAGUGGAUAAUGAGUUGAAACGUUUGCGAAAGGCCAUGAUGGGUGAUGAAUCCUCGCUUACUCUUGGGAAUCCAUCAUCACAGCUGUUUGGUUCUUCGCCUUCAGAUACCAAUAUGUCAGGGGAAGAUUCCUCCUCGGAUGACGACGACGUUAACGAGGAAACAUUUAAGAAAAUAACCUUGGGCCAUUCAAACGUUCGACAUUUCGGCAAAUCCAGCAAUAUGAGGUUUAUACACGAUAUCAUAACCAAUGCAACAAAAAACAACCAACCUUUAGAUUUUACACAGCACGAUUUGUAUCUGGCGCGUUUCAAGAGGCCUGAGUAUUGGGGCUUAGAUAUGUGGAAAUUUCAACCGGAAAUUGCUGCCCCGAUAUACACCUUUCCAGAAAUCGACCUCUUAUGGGACUUGCUGCGUAUCUACUUCACCGAGGUUGCGCCAUACUUUCCUCUACUUCAUCGACCCACCUUCGAAAAAGCUGUAAUCAACGGUCGACAUCUUCUCGACCACAGUUUUGGUGCCCUGUUGUUAGCUGUCUGCGCUGUUGCAGCCCGUGACUCUCAGGAUCCUCGGAUCUUGAAGCAAGAUACAAAAAUCACGGCGGGAUGGCAAUGGUUUUCCCAGAUCCGGCUAGUUCGCCCCAAUUUCGUUGAACCCACCUCAAUACAUGAGCUGCAGCUGUAUUGUGUAGCUUAUUUGUACUUGCGGCAAACGAAUAUGUUUGACUCGGCCUGGUCAUUGGUGGGAUUAGGUUUACGACUUAGCCUAGAUAGAGGAAUACAUCGCCUGAAAACUAACAAAUCACGGGAUGCAGAGAGCGAGCUGUGGAUACGUAUCUUUUGGAUUCUUCGGAAUGCAGAUGUACUCCAAGGACUAAGUUUGGGACGCCCUGCAGCGAUAGAUUCAGAACAUUUCGACUUAGACAGGCCUGUUGAAUGUGACGAUGAAUAUUGGGAGAAAACAGAGCAUAAUGAAGGCUUUACACAGCCCCCUGGAAAAACUUCUGGGCUCAGCUUCUUUACACACUACAACAAACUUGUGGAUAUUGCUGCAUCAGUGCAAAGAAGCGUAUACUGCGUCAACGAGGUACCUGAAUACAAGGAUGAUAGUCUUACUGCUGUUGAAAGGAAUCGGAAAAAGGCGAUGCAACACGACUCUGCCCUAAAUCAUUGGUUAAUGUCACUUCCCGAACAUUUACGAUGGGACCCAAACCAGCCAGACAAAAUCCGUUUAAAUCAUUCAGCCAUUCUUUAUACAACCUUCUAUUGGAUUCAGCUGCAACUCCACAAAAACUUCCUGUUCCGCCAGGCUUCCGCUUCCGAUAAUCAGCAAGGCUUCCCUUCGUUCGCUAUCUGUGCCAACGCAGCGAGAUCUACGGUCAGAAUAUCACAAGUAUUGCAUCAGAGGUCAAAGAAUCGUUUCGAAGUUUUGCUCAACAUUGCCCACUGCGCUACAUUCUUGAAUUUGAUCCUGUGGAGACAUAGGCAAGGAACUGGUCCUACGCCUUACGCAGAUAUCAAGGUUGUAAGGUCCGAUGUGACAAGCAUAGUUGAAAUGCUCACAAAUGCUGAUCCAAGUGCCCAAACAGUUGGACGUGUCGCGGAUAAGCUUAAGGCUUUCAUUUCUGCAGGAGGUCUUCUAUCGAAUGUUUCCGUCGAGUCGGCCCCAACAUCAAAAAGAAUGAGGAGAGACGAUAUGGAUGAUAUGGACGAUUCUUCGGUCGAGCUGAAUUUCGAAUCACAACUGAAUAUCCCAGAAAUUGAACAACGACGUUUGGCUGGAACUCAGCGUGUUGCCUCGUACAUGACGAAUAGUCAAAUCAUGAUAGACCCCAGCGAGGUUUCUGUCCUAAACACCUCGUAGCAGCUUCACUUCUGCCAUACCUGCCAGUCUCGCCACCGAUCCAGCAACGCUCGGCGCACAUGAAGAGACCCUUCAAAUCCAGACUGCCCAUUUUACUGAUACUUAUGCCAGUGAUAAGGGGUCGGAUGCGAGCGGGUCCCAUGAAUCCUCCGUAGGUUCAGUCGAUAUUGACAGCAUGCAACAUGACUGGGACAGUUUCAUGAAGAACGUUGACGAAGUUUUAUUGGCCAUUGGAUUGAACUAGUAGUCACCUGUAGUCACAUCACUGAUGAAGUAGUCCUUAGUAUGUAUACCAUGUAUGAUAUUUUUUCAAUGUAUCACGAUUCUGAAAGGCC